AUGGAGGCUGGAUCAGGGAAGCCAGAGUUGGAGUGUCGUCUUUGUUUGGCUGCGGUGCGAGACGAAGCGGAGGGCCCAGAAGCGGAGUUGUGCUUUCCCUGCAACUGUCGGGCGCCGGUCCAUCGCGGAUGCUUAGUACAGUGGCAGAGGGUUCAAGAGCAGCAGCUUAUGGAACAGCGGCAUAGUUUCGAUGAAGCCCAAGCUCGGAUGAACACAUGUGAGGUGUGCGGAGCAAGGCUUUUGCCUGGAGAGGAGCGCUCAAAACCACAGCUUGGCUCUGCAGUUUGUCGAGCUCAGGGCGGUACAGGAAAAGUUGCUCUCCGUCGAGUACCAACUUUGUCUCGUGCUACGCGAAAUUUCUCGGACUUCUCUGCAACAGAUGGACAGCAGCUGGAUGUCCUGGAGCAAGAUGCUACUGGAGAGUUUUUCCGCGUCCGCGCUAAGAAGGCCCACCGGUACCGCGGAGAAGGCACCACGGCUGUGGCAGAAGGCUGGAUUCGCCACGUGUACCUAGACUGGCAAUGUGAUUUAAGCAAUCAAUCAUGGCUGCCUCCACCUCGCAUGCCGGCAGCUCUUCUUGCAGAAGGCACAGAUCGUCUGGAGGCUGUGAACGUUGAAGCUGCUCAGGACAGCAGGAUGCAAGAGCAGGACGAAACGUGA